AUGCCAGAGCCAACCCAGUCACCACUUAGCGCUCCUCCGAACAAUGGAGCGAUGCCCGAUUCCUCACCGGUAUCUUCCGACAAAGCUUCCGGCCUCGCUUCGGGUGACGAUAACCAUGAUAUCGAGCGUGGCGGGCAGCGCGUGGCUAUAGAGAAGUCGGAGCAGGCAGUCACUGACGGGCCUCCUGAAGGAGGUCGCGAAGCCUGGACAGUCGUGUUAGGCGCGUGGUGUUGCUCAUUUUGCUGUUAUGGAUGGAUCAACAGCAUUGGUGUAUUCCAGGCGCACUACGAGACCCAUCAGUUGAGGAACUACUCUCCGAGUACUAUUUCUUGGAUCACAUCGCUGGAGAUCUUCUUCAUGCUGUUCAUGGGACCCGUGGUAGGGAAGCUCUACGACAGCUACGGACCUCGAUAUAUCUUGCUCGGGGGAUCUCUGUUACACGUCUUCGGCUUGAUGAUGGCGUCCAUCUCGCAUAAAUACUACCAGUUCCUCCUGUCACAGGGAGUUGUCAGUGCGAUCGGCGCGUCGGCUGUCUUUACACCCUCCCUCAGUGCUGUUGCUACAUGGUUUCACCACAAACGCGGACAUGCCUUCGGGAUCACAAUGAGCGGUUCGAGCACUGGCGGCAUUAUCUUUCCGAUCAUGAUCAACCAUCUGAUUCCCAAGGUUGGGUUUGGAUGGUCUAUGCGAAUUGCCGCCUUCAUGAUCCUUGGACUGCUCAUCAUUGCCAACCUCACGGUCAAAACGCGCACUCCGCCUCACCCGCAGCCACCCAUCACCCUUAAGGAGUUCAUCGCGCCUCUCAUGGAGAAAACCUACGUCCUCACAGCGGCGGGCAACUUUCUGUUUACGUUCGGCUUGUUUAUUCCCAUCAACUACAUUAUCAGCCAGGCUAUCGCUGGGGGCAUGUCGACGAGCUUGGCUAACUACCUCGUUCCUAUAUUGAAUGCGGCAAGCUUGUUUGGACGAAUCAUCCCAGGUAUUCUCUCCGACAAACUGGGACGGUUCAACAUCUUCGUCGUCGUCGCAUUUCUCACCUCAAUCCUCAUACUCGCCCUGUGGAUCCCCGCAUCUAGCAAUGCCGCGCUCAUUACCUUUGCCGCGCUCUUCGGAUUCUCCUCUGGCGCCUUCAUCUCCUUGGGCCCCGUCCUCAUCGCCCAGAUCUCCCCCAUCCAGAAAAUCGGCAUGCGACAGGGUCUACUUUUCGGCUUGAUGUCUAUUGGCGCCCUGACCACGAGUCCCAUCGGCGGGGCCAUUGUAUCUUCUAACGCCGGUAGCUAUUGGGGUGUAAAAGUUUUUGCCGGGGUCAUGUGCGCCGUCGGAUCUGCCUUAGCUCUCCUAGCCCGAUUCUCGGCCGCUGGCUUCAACCCCAAGACGAAAUUUUAG